AAUGACCAAAAAGGCCCAUAAAGAAAGUCACCUGGGGUUAAUAGAAGGAGCGUAGUUUUUGCAAAAAAUGAGAGAUUUGGGGAUUCUUUUCUGCUCUCUCCUCCUCUUUCCUAAACCAAAAACUUCUGAGUGAAACACCAACUAUUACACAAAUCAAAAAUUAUCAAAACCCAGAAAUAUUAAACCUUUUUUACCCAUCUGAUUUCAGACAAAAAGAUUUGAAGUAGAGAAAUUUGUGAUCUGGGCAAUUUUUUUUAAAAAAUGGAUAUAGAUAACAUAGAAUGUGUGUCAUCUAUAGAUAUGGAUGAAGAUGAGAUAAUUCAUCUUCAUCAUCACCAUCAAAAUCAUCACCAUUUUUCAUCAUCAAAAGCUCCUCACUCAAACAAUAAUGGUGUUCUUAAUUCCACUCUUCAUCCAUCUACUAGUGUUCAUGAGCUUCUUGAAUGUCCUGUUUGUACCAAUUCUAUGUACCCUCCUAUUCACCAGUGCCGAAAUGGGCAUACUCUUUGUUCCACUUGUAAAACACGUGUGCAAAACCGUUGCCCAACCUGUCGACAAGAACUUGGGGACAUAAGAUGUCUAGCAUUAGAAAAGGUUGCUGAAUCUCUUGAGCUGCCUUGCAAAUACUAUUCCCUUGGUUGUCCAGAGAUAUUUCCCUAUUACAGCAAACUUAAACAUGAAGCCAUAUGUAACUUCAGGCCAUACAAUUGUCCAUAUGCUGGAUCAGAGUGUUCUGCUACUGGGGAUAUCCCUUACCUCGUGGCGCAUUUGAGGGAUGAUCACAAGGUUGACAUGCAUGCGGGAUGUACAUUCAAUCAUCGUUAUGUGAAAUCUAAUCCACGUGAGGUGGAAAAUGCUACUUGGAUGCUCACUGUUUUCCACUGUUUUGGUCAGUAUUUCUGCCUCCAUUUUGAAGCCUUUCAACUUGGCAUGGCUCCUGUAUAUAUGGCAUUCCUUCGAUUCAUGGGGGACGAGAUGGAAGCUCGGAACUACAGCUACAGUCUCGAAGUUGGAGGUUACGGUCGUAAACUCACCUGGGAAGGUACCCCAAGAAGCAUUCGAGACAGCCACAGGAAAGUUCGGGACAGUCACGAUGGUCUUAUAAUACAGAGAAACAUGGCACUCUUUUUUUCUGGCGGAGAUCGCAAAGAACUGAAGUUGCGAGUCACAGGACGUAUAUGGAAGGAGCAGCAGAACCCUGACGGAGGAGCCUGCAUUCCUAAUCUGUGCAGCUGAUUACGGGUUUCUGUGUUGCCUGCUGACCGUUCUGUCUCAACUCUUGUAUUUGGGUUUGUAAUUUGAUUAACCAAGUAUAUAUAGAGACUUGAUGUAUAAUUUACUGAUAUGGGAUAUGUGUGCAACUGCAACUGUGCAAUCUAGAUGUAGCUGCUUUGCAAAGAUUGUUUAACCACUCUCUCUUUUGCCAAUUAAAAUGGCUAACAUUUUUCUCUGCUUUUGUCUUUCAAACUUGUUCGAUUACUUCCUCUGUCUCAUUGAA